CUUGAUUUCUCUCCUUCCAAAUGGAUAAAUGUUGAUACUUUUUGGUUUUUCCCUCGUGGGUUUUGCUUGUUUCUUCACUUCAUAGACCAUAACAAAGAAAUCACGACCUCCUUUGAUGAAAAUUUUGCUCCUUGUGGUUGUAAUUUCGUAAAGUCUUGUCCUUUUUGGGGGAUUUUUUUCACUUACUAUGCUGCGGUUCAGUUAAUGGGUUAAACAUGUUGGAGAUGGAUAUGGUAGAGAGGUUAAAUUCUGACAAGAGUGUGUUUCAAGAUCAGAUUUUACAGGAUACUAUUAGCAAUCUCCCUUUUUGUGGUAAUGCUUUUCCCGCAAGUUCCUCUGGGUUUAACACAGAACCAUUUCACAUUGGAGGUUAUGAAAAUGCAGCUGAUAUUCCAAGGUCGUACCAUUCACAAACGGAUGUUCCAAGCUUUGAAAACGUUUCUCCUGACAUGAUAAACGAAAUGUUUUACCAUGGUGAUGAUGGUGUACCAUCAAAUUUUCAGAGGUCAUCUCAUUCUACCAGAAAUCAAUCAUCACUUCAGCAUUAUGGUGACCUCUACUGUGAUGAUUCAAGAUACUUCCUUCCUUUUGACUCAUCAAAUCGCCAGUAUCCAGUCCCAGAACACAUUCGUAAUUCUCCAGAGUUUCACAUGUUUCAGGCGAACUCUAGACAUUUUGAUAGACAUGCGAAUGAAACUAACAGUAGUGAGACUGAUUGUAUGAUUCGCUCUAGGGGAAAUUUUGACUUAAGGAAUAAUAGAUUUGGUGAACCUUGGGGUCUGAAUCUCAACCCCUUCGGUGGAGAAAAUAUGUUUCCUCCAAUGCCAUCUACCAGAACACGUAUGAAGCACCAUGGUUCAGUGGAAUUAUCUGCAAAUGCUUUCAAUAUGGUUCCACCGCAUGAAGUUAUGCAUGAUGCCUUUGAAUCUGCUGCAAGUUUAAGUUACAGAGAGCAAGCUUAUACUCCAUGCAAAAGAAGCCCUUUCUCUGCUUCUUCUUCUAGCCCAACUUGGGAGAUUGAUUAUAACUUGCCACCUCUCGAUGAAGCAAGAAGUGGAAGCUACGGUGACUGCUACUACCCUGCCAUGCUUGAUAUGCCUACCGAGAGACACAGAGGUCCUAGGCCAUCCAGGCUAAAUGGUAAAAGUAAUAUCACUUAUGGUCUAGUUGAUAGUUUUUGUCAACAAGAUCUGCUCUCCCAGUUCAGGGACGCGAAGUUCUUUGUUAUUAAGUCAUAUAGCGAGGAUAAUGUCUACAAGAGCAUUAAGUACAGUGUUUGGGCAAGCACUAAAAAUGGAAACAAAAAGUUGGAUGCUGCCUAUCGUGAAGCAAAGACAAAAGAUGUGGCAUGCCCAGUCUUUCUUUUAUUUUCGGUGAAUGCCAGUGCACAGUUUUGUGGAGUGGCUGAGAUGGUUGGAGCGGUUGACUUCAACACAAGUGUAGAGUACUGGCAACAGGAUAGAUGGUCAGGACACUUCCCGGUCAGAUGGCUUAUUGUCAAAGAUGUUCCCAACAGUCUCUUUCGCCACAUCAUAAUUGAAAACAAUGACAAUAAGCCAGUCACUAAUAGUAGAGACACCCAAGAGGUGGGACUGGAACAAGGUAUAGAGAUGUUAAACAUAUUCAAGAGCUGUGCAAUGCGUUCUUCGAUCCUCGAUGACUUUAGCUUUUAUGAAGAGCGACAGAGAGCAAUUCAAGACAGAAAAGCCAGGCAACGUGUUCUUGAAUCGCUAGCACUUGCUGCAACCUCUGUUCCAACAUAUUCAACAAAUUCUCUCCACGACGAAUUUGUAAGGGAAAUGUCCAAGAGCUUUGCAGAGGCUUUGGCCUUGCAAAACAAACCCAAAUAGGAAAAAACCUCUCUUCUCUUUUUGGAUUUGGAUUGGCUAAGUACCUGAGGUUUAAAUAUGGUUUUAUACUCUUGAUUUUGUACAACUGAUAACAGAUUUAAGGAGCAUAGGUUGUAAGAUAAAUUCAAGGUUCUAACUAUCCGAAAGUUUAUAUUUGUCCAA